ACAGAAAAUGUAAUGGCAAAAUAUAAAGCCCAGGGCAUAUCAUAGUCUGUGAGGUGAGAAUCCUGGGUAUGAUGUCACAGAGGCUGUCUUUUUCACCUUUGUGGCUACGGUGGGAGCGGUGACCCAUUAGCUCGUGGGAGCUGCAGGAGGAGGACCCAGAGAGAGCAUUGUGUCUGUCUGGAUAUAUCCUGCUGUGAUGGAGCGGCUGAGAGGCCUUCGAGGUCUCUUUGCUUGUGUGGGCUGCGUGCCCAGAUGUACGCGUCGCAGGGGGAGAGGCAGGGUGGCAAGCCCUGUCCCCACCUGUGCCGUGACUUUGCUGCAGCAGCGCCUGCAAGACCAUGAGGGUGAUCGAGCACAGGCGUACUGCGAGCUGGAGCGUGUCCUGUGGGAAGAUGACAGCCGCCCACCAUGCGGAGUGGUGAACCGGCUGCUGGCAGAGGUGUCCCAGGACCUGACAGCGACCCAGGGUGUGUCAGACACUGUGAGGAUGGCUGCCAGCAACGUCCUGGUGGCUCUGGCCCGGAUGCACUUCAGCUUGGUGAUGGCUGAGCUCCAGGGCCAUCUGAAGGCCAUGGGGAAGAUAUCCAAGGAUUUUGUGCUCAUCACCCUCAGCAAACUGUUCAGCAACUAUGCUCCACAGAGCAUCCCCUUCAUGUGGCUGAUGCUGGCUGGCCUGCGUAGUGUGGUGGGCCAGGUGAGGAGCGGCCGGACCCUGCGCCUCGCUUGUGCUGUUGUGAAACAAUGAUCAGAAGGAGUCCAGGUUCACUUCUGCUCUGGAAAGCAAUGCCCCUGGUCUGCCAUGGAGAAAGAGCAAAUCUACGAGCAUCUUUACCAGCUCUUCUUCUCCGUGCUGAGAAACUGGCAGGACUGCAAGGAGGAAAAGGAAACAGGCCGUCCUCGGGGCUGUGGCUGCCAUGAUGGCUGUUCUCCUGCAAGAGGAGCUGCACCGAGAGCACGUCUGGGAGCAGCUCCUCUGGCUCAUGCGCCCAUAUCAGGAGGUCCAAGACAUCUGCAGAGUGACCAAGGUGAGAUGUUGUGCAGGGCUCAGUGUGGACGUGGGGCCCAUGCAAAUGCCAUGAGGGGCCAGGGGGAUGCGGGGAGGAGGUAGGGAGCCCUUGGAGAAAGAAGGUAUGGGUGAUCAAGGGAGGUCUGAGGCUUCCUGAGCUCUUCAGUCAAGGAAGGAACAAUGGGGACAGGAGCCAGGAGGGAGCCAAGAGUCACUGGGG